GAGGUGAUAAUGGUUCCAAACGGUCCGCCAAAGAGCGGGGCUUGUGUACUCAACACGAACUCACUUCGAGCUCUGCUGGAUUCCACAGUGGCAAGUUGUAACAAUUGGAAGGACCCAGAAGGUAUUGGGAUUGACUCUUAUACUUUCUAUUACCCUCACUCGACCACCGAAAUAACUCUAGCAUCAUCGGGGUUUAAUACUGUGAAUCUGAUCUUUCCAGUGGGUAUUUUUGACGUCUGGUGCAGGAUUGCAGAUAAGUUUGGGAGUUUCACGAAUGUGUAUGUUGGCAAGGUGAAUGCCUCGAUGAUUACAAAGGAAGAAUUCCAGUCAUACAAUCCUUCAAGUGUUCUUCGUAACUUGGCAGCAAUAGGUGACCAAACAACAAUGGCGAUGGUGUUGAUCUCACUUGCAUCCAUUAAAGAUCACGCUGAUUGGCUUUCAUUAAGUGACAGUUCUUUCAGUAACAUGUCAGCAAGUGAAAUCAACGACAGGCUUACUCAAGUGUCCAAUAUGAAUAAAGAGUCUCUGGAUUUUGCUGCUGAUACUAUGGACUUUGCUUCAUUAUCUCAACUUAGUGUUGGUGCUGGAGUCUUGAAAUCCUCUGCUUGUGGCGUUUUGACUCAAGAAAAAGCUGCUUUUACUGUUGAUAUGGAUUUCCGGGAAAAAAGCCUGAACUUUAUGAAUAAAAUGAUGGGAAAGUUAAAUGUUACUCCUAUUUACUCACCAUAUGACAUACAGCCAUUUGCCUCUAGCUUUUUGGAUGCUGCAGUUUGCAUUCUCAAAAGUAUGAAUGAAGUUAUUGAGAACCCAACACUCAGCCCGCCUGGAGACUUGGCCAAGGCUUCUUCUCUUGACUAUGAAACAGGUAUUGAUCAAACGAAAAUAGGGUUUGUAAUACCCUUAGACCCUGUAACCCAAAUGAAGCAAAAUGUGCUGGAAAUCACAAGACAAAGAGCAAAGGGCAUGGUUCAGAAAAUGUUUCAACUAGUUGACUCUCUUGGCAGUGUUAUUUUAGGCAAAUGUGUUGUUGGGGAGAACAUCAUUGAGCAAGGAGACAGUGGAACAGGAAUGUUGGUUACCAAGAUUUCAGAGGACACCUUAGCGGAUGGAGUGGAGAUACGCCCUCAGAAUAGUUUGAACGCUUCAGUGGCAUUUCCAGGGUCAUUUUGCCCCUCUCGUUAUAGUCAAAAUUACAGUGAUUGCACAAAUGUUGUAGGCUUCACAGCUGUGGUGUGGCCCUGUUUAACUCACGUUUACCCAGAGAGUAUGACGUAUCUGUCAAAGGAGACUACUGUCAUAACUCUUAGUGUAUUUGUGGAAGAUGAGAACGUCACUGUUGACAAUGAAACACAGCCAAUAACCCUGGUAAUUCCUCGACGUCCUGAGUCAUUACCUGAUCCUGUUUCUGUUGUGGGAAAUACUGAUAUUAAUGAUCUCGUCCCCUUUGUGUACCAUUCCUUCAACGUGUCCAGUGCCGAUUCUGCUUUCACUGUAGAGAUUCAUCCGGACGGAAACACGCCGCCCAAGUUGGUUAUUCUAAUUGACUACAAGAGAUUACCAACGCCAUCUCAGUAUGACACGAUUUCCUAUGUGAAAAAUUUUACUCUUAAUGAAAAUGGAACAUAUUCAUGGUUUGUAAAUAACAUAGACAAUAAGAACAGAACUGGGAACUUUUAUGUUGCAGUAGCCAUAUUGAAAGAUAAUGUCACUCUUCCUGACCCUAGAAGCAAUGCUACUUUGCAGAAAGAAAAUUUUAGUGUUGACUUCAACUUUAACUAUACGUUCCGUGUGAUAACAUCGGGAUGUUACUUCUACAACUCAACAAUUGAUGUUUGGUCAGGCAUCGGCAUGACGGUUGUGGACGCUAACAGCACCCACACUAGUUGCCACACUCUUCAUUUAACUUCCUUUGGUUCUGGAUAUUCUCCUUCGCCAAACGCGAUUGAUUUUGACUACAUAUUCGCUGCAGCCGGUUUUGUUAACAACCUGAUAAUAUACCUAGUUAUCAUCAUAACUCUCGUUUGCUAUGUAAUAAUGAUGAUUUGGGCUCGUUUUAUGGACAAAAGAGAUGUUCAGUAUCGAGGAGUUACUGCCCUGGAGGAUAAUAAGGUUGAAGAUAAAUAUUUAUAUGAAGUAACUUUCACCACCGGGCCCGACAAAGAAGCUGGAACUGACUCUAACAUCCAGUUUAUUGUAUCAGGAGAAUAUGAUGAAACAGGUGUCAGAGCUCUGCCACCAUCAGACAACAGACGAUAUCACCGCUACAGUGUUGAUGUGUUUGUGAUGAGCACCCAUGGACCCCUGGGAAAUAUUGACACCCUACGCAUCUGGCAUGACAACACCGGCAGGUCUCCAUUUGACAGCUGGCAGCUGCAGACAGUAGUGAUCCGCGACCUUCAGACGCGAGACAAGUUUAUAUUUCAUGCAAACACCUGGCUUGCUUUAGAUCACGACGACAAGAAAAUUGACGUAUUGCUGGAGCCCUCAGACGGCGAGACUAAUGAAGAAUUCAUCACAGGUUUCUACAACAAGGGAAAUAGAGGUGCAAAUGAAGAUCACAUGUGGAUAUCAAUAUUCCUGCGACCUACCGGCUCCCGGUACAGUAGAAAAGAACGAGUAUCAGUGGCUACAUUAUACCUGUACUUGUCAAUGUUGAUCAACGCUGCCUGCUACCAUAUACUUAGUGACACGCCUCGCACCGGUGUGUUUGAGUACAGCUCCUUCACCUUAUCAAUUCAACAGGUCAUCAUUGGCUUGGCUUCUGGCAUUAUGGCUUAUCCUGUAAUUUUUCUACUCGUAUUUAUCUUCAAAAGAUCGAGACCUCGCAAACUAAAGAAGUGCCGCUCACUAGAAGCUGCAGCCAAGCAACGGAGGAAUCAGCACAUCGAAAGUGGGACGGACACAGAGAAAGACGACCUGUUGACUGACUAUGACUUAACGACCCAUCAGACACGCAGUAACCGCAGCAAAGAUUCGAGUCCUGUGAGAUGCAUUCCGUGGUGGACGCGAUGGCUGGCUUGGCUCCUCAUACUGGCCGGCAUAGGCGUCUGCGCGUUCUUCGUGUGGUCGUACGGAAUCAUGUGGGGAGAGAUCAAAUCUGUGAAGUGGUUCUCCUCCUUCAUUAUUUCUUUCUUCAUAUCUGUUCUUGUUACUCAGUGGCUCAAGGUACUUUUAACAACCACAAUUGGAGUAGUUUGUUGCAAGGCUCAGAACACCAUGACUGAAGACAUAGACUGUGAUGAAGAAUUGCCUGAACUUCGCUAUGAUGAGGAAUGGAAGAAUGUUCAGCCAAUGGACCCCUCCGUCAAACGCAAGGUGCAUGUGAUGGGUGGAGUGGACUCAAGUGAAGCAGAGGUUGCUGCUAUAGCCACUCGUCUUACAGAGAAGAGAGAAAUGAACGUAGUGCUACGAGAUGUUGGCUCGUAUUGUAUCUUCUUGCUGGUGUUGUUCGUUCUGGUAAAUGGACAGACAAACUACAAUGCCUUCCUCCUGCAAGCACAGAUGACUAAUACAUUUAUCAAGAUUGGAAAUCCACAAUUUGAUUUCAGUUCUAAGGUCACAACAACAGACCAGUUUUGGUACUGGAUGCAGAAUGUGAUCUUACAGGAACUUCGCGCUCAGCGAUGGUACAAUGGCGAUCCCCCAUAUGGUCUCAGAGGCUUCCUAGACGACCGGGCAAACAGAAUACUUGGUUAUGGAAUAAUACGGCAGAUAAGAAGUGAUCCGCGGAGGUGCAAAGUUCCCAUCUCCAUGAGGAAUGUUAUACACAACUGUUCGGGAAGUCGAUUGGAUGAGAUAGAAGACACAAGAAAUUUUUGUGACAGUUGGUCAGCAGAAGAAGUUGUUCAUGGUUCUUGUGUCUAUGAUGAGUUCCGAUACAAAACAGCUGCAGAGCUUCAGACAUACUCCACUCAAGGCAUACUUGGUACUUACAGCGGUGGUGGCUAUGUAAUUAGCUUGAAUUCGCUCGAAGCAGACGACAUACAAAAGUUGCAAACUAUGCCAGCAAUGGGAUGGAUUGAUAAAUACACUCGUGCAGUCUUGGUGGAGUUUUCCAUAUAUAAUGCAAAUGUGAAUCUCUUUUCAACGUGCUCAAUUGUCGCAGAGUUUAUUGAAGGUGGAGGAGUGACCCCUUCUUGGAGAUUUGAGCCCGUUCAACUAAUACAGAAUCCAGGAAGUUUUGGAUAUAUUGAAACUCUCUGCCAGUUGAUUUUUGUGAUUGUCACAGUCAUCUUUACGUUGUGGGAACUUUGGAAGAUUAAGAAGCUGAAAUGGGAAUAUUUGUCUUCAUACUGGAACAUGGCGGAAAUUUGCAUUAUUUUAACAUCCUAUGCUACAAUCUAUGUUUUCGUUGAACGAUAUUUCUUGACGCAAGCGGCUAUGGAAAUAUUCAACAACACAUACGGAGAUGGUUACGUGAGGCUUGACUCGGCUGUUUAUAAAGACAAACUAUAUCUCUAUUUGAUCGCUCUCAUAGUAUUCUUCUCCACAAUGAAACUGAUCAAACUGCUGCAGUUCAACAAGAGGAUAGAUGUGCUGGCGCUCACAGUACGCCGGUGCUGGGAUGAACUCAUUGUUUCCUUCAUAGCAUUUUGCAUUGUUUUCAUUGCUUUCAAUAGUGUGUUUUAUUUUAUCUUCAUGACAGAACUACUAGACUUCACCAGUUUUCUGACUUCUGCCGCAACAAGUUUUGAAAUUCUAUUGGGUGUAUUUGAUUUUGAUUCAAUGUACCAUGCCAGUGCUCUUUCCCCAGUCUUCUUCUUCGCCUUCUGCAUCAUCAACACCGUGAUACUCAUCAACAUCAUGCUCACCACCAUCAUGGUGGCCUUCAGAGACGUCAAGCUCGAGCUACGACAUCGGAAAAAUAAGUAUGACGUCAUCGACUUUGUAUGGACGCAAAUCCGCCAGACUCUGAGGCUUGAAGCAGAGCCAGACAACAGUGUGGCGCCAAAUGUGGAGGAUGUGUCGCUGGCGAGAGGCGGUCCAGACGACGCCAGCACCGAUCAACUCCCAGAUAAGGUGAACCAGCUGAUGCAGUACAUUAAUGACGUCUACUUCGAUGGUCAUCUUAACCUGAGUGACCCAGCAUCCAUGAAGCAGAUCACUCAAGGUCAACUACCCUCCGCAUCCUUCCAGCCAUACACAACCAAGUCUCUGAGUGGAGGACGCAACCCCGUCGUCUCUAGUGAUUAA